GGAUACAGGGCUCAACAUGGAACUGUCCCCCUCUCACAGAGCUGCGACUGGGACGGAGGAGGCCAUGCUUCAGGAGAGCUCUACAGAAGAGAAGAAGAUGAAGAGAGGGAGUGAGGAGGUGAGGGUGCAGGACUCCACUGAACAGAAGCUGUAUAAGAUUGCCAACGAGCUUCUACUCACAGAGAGGGCCUAUGUUGCCCGCCUUCACCUGCUAGACCAGGUGUUCUGUGCUCUGCUGACUCAGGAGGCUGGUAAAGGCUUGUUCCCUGUAGAUGUGGUGAGGACCAUCUUCUCCAACAUCUCCGCCAUCCACACCUUCCACAGCCAGUUCCUACUUCCAGACCUGGAGACGCACAUGGGCCAAUGGUCUGUGAGCCCUCGUCUGGGUGAUGUCAUGCAGCAGCAUGCUCCCUUCCUCAGGAUGUAUGCUGAGUACGUGAUGAGCUUCGACCACUCCAUGGAGCUGCUUAGAGUCUGGACGGAGAGGUCCGCACCAUUCAGGAACGUCAUACAGGAUAUACAGAGUCGGGAGGUGUGUGGUAGUUUGACCCUGCAGCACCACAUGUUGGAGCCGGUCCAGAGACUACCUCGUUAUGAGAUGCUGCUGAGAAACUACCUCAAGAGACUGCCUGAUGAUGACUCGGAUCACAGCCAUGCAGAGAAGUCUCUGCAGGUCAUCUCCAUGGCAGCAACACACUCCAACAGCGCCAUCCGCCAAUCAGAGAACCUGAAGAAGUUGCUGGAGAUCUACGAGAUGUUGGGGGAGGAGGACGUGAUGAACCCCUCCAAUGAGUUCAUCCGGGAGGGACGCAUCCUGAUGCUAGCUGCCAGGAACUCCGCCAUGGAGAGACACCUCUUCCUGUUCAACAACAUGCUACUGUGCUGCACUCCUCGGUUCAGCCUGGGGGGGCAGCGGUUCACCGUGCGGACACGGAUUGACUUGGAGGGCAUGACGGUGCAGCGCACCACCAACGAACACCACCCCCACACCUUCCAGGUGUCUGGCAAGGAGAUGACCCUGGAGAGGACCCUGGACCUUCAGGCCAGCUCUGAACAAGACAAAGAGGACUGGUUAAAGGCUUUCCAGGACACUAUUGAUGUUUUCCGACAGAAGAAUGAGACUUUUAAGUCAACUUCUAAAGAAGUAGAGGUAUCUAUGGAGGAGCUGGGUCGGCGUGCCCCUCGAUGGAUCAGGGACAAUGAGGUGACUAUGUGUAUGAAGUGUAGCGAACCCUUCAAUGCCCUCACCCGAUGGAGACACCACUGCAGAGCCUGUGGCUGUGUGGUGUGUUGGAGGUGUUCAGACAACAAAGUAACUCUGGAGUACGAUGGCAACAAGGUGAACAAGGUGUGUCUAGACUGCCACUCCGCCCUGAUCCUCCGGGCCAACAGAGGGGAGAGGGCAAGGAGGGGGCAUUCUAGAGGUUCCACACCUCACAUCCACAUUUCCAUCCCUGCCCUUUCCCCAGGAUGUGAAGGCCUUGUCUGAUGAAAAUGGGAUGGUGGUUAAGGACAACGCCAUGGUUGGCAAUGGCAAGGGGACGGUCAUCAAUGGCAACGAAAGUGUCACUGAUAAUGGUUACGGGAGU